AUGAACCCACAAUCUCCGAUCUGGUGGUUCUUUAAAAUUCUCCAUCAUCUUGAUGAACUGAUAAUUUUGAGAAUUGACUUUGAGGAUCCGUCGACCACCAAGCCACCGAGCUUGGCCAAGUCAGCGGUCCUUCAGGCUCUGGAGGAGGAAGAACGUCAACAGGCGCGAAGCAAGGGUUUGCUGCUGCCGUUGUCGAGACCCAGUCGAUCCCGGCAACGUGAACCACCUUCCUCGUCCUCCUCCCAGGGUGGCCGCACAAAGACGCCCUGCAUCGACCGGGAUACGGUGCUCCGCAUCAAUCGGCGCCCGCUGAGGCAUCGAUCCUGUGACAACUUCUGGCCCCCGCCCCGCAGUCCGUCACCAUUGGCAUCGCGUUCGGCGACCAGAGGACAAAAGACGGAGGUGGGCGGGGUCAUCGAUGAAGAAGGUGGGUCCUUUGCGUAUGACAUCAACAGCCGCGGGUACGGUAGCCUCGAAAGUAUCUACUUUGAUGCGCGUGUUCGGAAGCAGCACAAAAUUGAUCCCUUGCGGUCCAAGUUUGAUGGGCCGAAUGUCGUGCUGGUGGAUUGGGGCGGGAAAUGUGAUGGGGGUGGUGUUGCGAAAGCCAAAGGACGCAAGGGCAUUGAUGGAAUUUGCGACAGGGUCGUCGAUACAGCCAAUAAUUCCAUCAAACAAGGUGGGAUGAUUGAAAGUGAAAACUUCGAACUUGAGACAACGAAGGAGGAAGAAGAGGAGAGGGAUCCCCCGGUCCCCCCACCGAGGAAAUACUUUUUAACGAUGGAACACCUUCAGAGUGGUGUGGGAAUUGAAAUCAUGCUACGCUGCCACGGAGCUUCAUUUAACCGGAACAACAACGACGAAAGUCAAGAAAUCCCUCUAGUCAAGAUUGAUGAUAUAUCCGACAAUUGUCAACAGGCGAGCAAAAUUCAGCACCAGACCGAUGAUGGUACAAUUUUACAGCAGGAUGGAAUCCAGACAAAACCACCGGUCAAAAUCAAACGUACUUCGACCAAACCACCCACGACGCCCGCUCACUUUGGUCAUCAAAAUCAUCCCGCCGCUGACCAUAAUUGUGCUCACGAAGCGAACGAGGAUUCCAAUAUAAAUUCAAAUAUGAUUCCGAAUUUAAAUAUUGAUAACGCAUCAACAGCCCCACUGAUCCUGGUGACCGAUUGUCACCAACAACAAGCAGCAGAUACGGAGCAGUGGCCACUGGAGAGUAAACAGAACCCCAUCGUCCCCCUCCUGGCGGCUAAGCCGAAAACAAACGACCGAUUAUUCGAUGAAAUAAUAGAUGAAAAUCAUAAUUACAAUGAAAAACUAAUUACAAACAGCGGUCGCUUUGAAACGGGUCUGACAUCCCGACUGGCACAAUCCUUUCCCAUCAUGACUCCAUCAGCCCUGACCCCAGAAAACUUCCCUCUCUCUCCCGCCGCCGUUCCAACGAAUCCCCUCCUCGAAGACCCCCACACCAAAUUAAAUGUAUCAAAUCAACCAAAUCGUAAUUGGAUUAAUUUAAAUUCAAAUGAAAUCUACACCGAAAAGCGGGCACGAACGUCCCCGGGCACCGCAAAUGAAGAACGUAUGUCACUGAUGACGCAAACACGUGUCCCCGGCAAUUCUGAACCACUGCCGCCGCGGUCGUCCACCAUCGUCGAAACCCCACCGGAAUGUCAUCACUUCCCUAACGAUGAUGAUCCAACGACGAUGAGGAUGACUUCUCCGGGUGCUGACGUGAAAAUCCACCAGCACGAGCAUCCGCUGCACAAUAAUUAUGGAAGCAGCUUCAGCUCCGACGAUAAUAAAAGUGUUAAAAGUAAUUAUCGGAUCACGACUGCCGCCGUCGCGACGCCACCACCACCCAUUCCACCCCCACCCACCACAACGGCCCCUCAAGAGAUCUUAAUCCAACGGUCGGCGAGCCGAGAUUCCGUCCGAAGCAGUAGCAGCUCCAGUCGGAGAAUCGAGCCGGAGAUGCUGGACUUUCCGCCACCCCCGCCCUAUCUGUGUCUCUGUGAGGAGGGUUCGCCGCCAUCCGGACGAUGUUCCGUGGAGCGGCCGCCUUCCUCCGCGAACAGUAGGUCCGGUGUGGGUGGCGGGUGUGGUCACCCAGGGGAAGUGCAAAUCUGCGACGACGACGACACCGACAACCACAACAUCAGAAGCAUCAGAGGCAUCAGCAUCAGCAAAGACAGCAGCAGCAGCAAUUGGGCAAUCCAAUAUUCCCACGCUUCCCCAAACUGUCAACGAGAUUUAACUGCGGACGAUUGGACCACUUUCCAUCAACGGGAUCGUUCCGGGAAUGAGGACAACAAUUCGGAAGUGCCAGUAGGACUCGGACAGCAAAGUUCGAGCGAAAACCGCGGUCCCCAACUUCGGCGCCUCUCCUCCGUUGCUCGCGACGGUAAUUAUUUUAAAACAAAUUUAACGGCUGAUAAAUUUUUGAGUGAGUUUGCCGCCGAUGACGACGAUGGCGUCCAUCAAGCCGCGACCACCACAACAGCAUUCAGUCAGCCGAAAGGCCCGCCCUCCCAGGGGCGGAGACCGAGUAGUAAGGUGGAAAAUUUCAAUCCGUUGCACAAAUCAAUCGGCGCCUUCCUCUCCCAUGAGCGUCGAUCGACGGCGACGACGACGCCACCCCCUAGUCGCAGUUGUUCGCCACCACCGACGACGUCGCGACACCUGCAUCAGCAGACGACGCCCGGGACCAAAAAUAGUCCCAUCGUCACCGGUUACCAUCAGGUCAGUUUCACCGAUGGGGAGUACAUUUUUGGCCCAUUCGAUGAUCGAUCCGAGGAAUGCCGGCGCUUCGAGGUGUGGUGCAGCAGUGCGGAUGCGUACGGUUAUCGGCACCGGAAAUGCCACCACUUCCGGCCAAAUAGCCGGACCGGUUUGCCGGCCGAAGCAGCCGAUUGUCGGUGCUGUUCCGAGUGCCGGAGUCAAAGUUCUCGUACGGAGAGCGUCAGUAGCGACGCAACGACACUGGUGGGGCUAGAGCUGUCGCCGAGUAGGGAAGCAGCGGUUAAAACGCCUGAAAUGCGACCUGAGAUCUCGAAUUGGAUGGAAGAAUUCGAAGCGAGGAAAGCAUCGACGGCUGACGACGACGACGCCGCCGAUGGUGAAAAUGCCGGAAACGAUUCGCCAUCCUAUCACCAGUGGAUCCGUUUCGAGAACGGAAAUAUCUCUCCUGCUUCUGCCACUCCACGUGCCUCGACGCCAUAUCCAAUGCCGGUGGCCGACGAACCGGAAAACCACGAAAUUUUCGACCAAUUUGCCGGUGACCUGACCAGCUCUAGGCAGGAAAAUGAGCUGCUUUACUCGCAGCAGCAGCAUUCGGAUUUGGUCGAGAACGUUCCACUGAUUGAUGCCGUACUCGAUGAUUUGCAGACAUUCUCGAGGACACUCGGUGACAGCCAGGGGCAGCCGGUCGGAAACUCGGAUCAAUCGGAGGGUUUGGUCAGCGCCACCGCUGGACGUGACGAGGGAAAAAUUGUCGAGAUAAAUGAUGAUAAUUUAAUUAAUUUAUUAGCCGAAGACGAAGAAAGUUGCAAGCCUGCGGGUGAAAUUAUGGCUCCAGAGAGAACUUUGCCUUGUGAGCCCCUUGGAAGUGAGCCGAGUGCUGGUGCCGGAAUGAAUUCACAACGGCAAGAAAGUAGUGGUGCCAAUGAGAGCUUUCGAGAAGAAAAAUGUGACCGGAAUGUCAAUGAGAAUUCUCCACGGGUGCCAAUGGGCGAGUAUGAGGAUUUCCAUCCAAAUCGUUUCGACGAUGACGACGAUGACAGUUCCCAAGAUGUGCUGGACAAUUAUUUGCGCCCAAAGCGCAAUCGGGAGGACAUUUUCACCAACGUUGCCAUUUUCAACUGGAAUCCAUUGGACGUCUAUCAUCAGCAUGGUCUGUUUAUGAUCGAUCCUCGCUUUGCCCUUGCCGACCUUCGUGCUACUGUACCCUCGCCGCCUCAGACUCCUGGUCCAAUUGCGCCGAAACCACCGGCCAGGAGCGCCAGUUCUGCUAACGAUCCGAUGAAGGCCGGCGCCCCCGAUUUGGUGAAAUUUGAGUCAAAGCACAAGAGAAAUGACCCCAUCGUGGCUGGUGUUCAUAUGAAUUCUCCAUCAUCGGCCUCGACCAACAACCAAGAUUCCGAUUCCGGAGCACCGGCAAUGAAAAUAACUGAUGCUGCCGAUCCGUCAUUGUCGAACGUGAAUUCAUUAGCAACCGAAAGCUCUGACAACAGCAGCAGCAGCGUUCGGUUGCUGGAAAGCCAUAAAAUUCCGAAUGACAGCCACCACAUCGGAAUGGCGUCACCGGUGGACCAUUUUUACAACGCAGCUCACGUCGAGUAUCCGGUUCCGGUGACGGUGCCGGAGGAGGAAGAUGAGGAAGCGGUCCCACUACCUUCGGCCAGGACGGAAUGCCAUCAUCAGUCUUCGUCGUCUACGAUGAUGAGUCGAGGUGCAGCAGCUUCAUCGUCGAGGCAGGAAUCUGAUUAUGAUAAUGAUGACACUAUGAAAAUCAGAAGAACUUCCACCCCACCCCAAGGGAGGGAUAAGUUCUCCCAGGUCCAAGGUCUCAAGCGCGUCGCCUGGCCUCCACCAGCUCAGGAGGGUGAGGAGUACGCCGAACAGGUACAGUCCAACCAAUAUCCUCAGCAUCAGCAAUACCAACAACAACAACAGCAACAGCAAUAUCAUCAACCCCAAUAUCAUCAACCCCAGCCUCAAUAUCAAUCAUCCUAUCAACCUUCCCAGCAGCAACAACAACAACAUCAACAGCAUCAAUUUUAUCAACAGCCUUCUCAUAAACCGCAACCGACUUACUCUCAACAGCAUCCUCAGCAGCAACAGCAUCAACAGCCUCAUCAACCGCAGGAACGAAUUAUUCCGAUUCAAAGGGCGACAUCACACAUCUCACCGGCUCACACACCGAAAUCGCCGAUCAAUCAGCCCAAAUUUUCUCCCAGCUACCAACAACAGCAGCCGCAGCAUCACCUGGGAGCCCCUCAGCCCCAACGUAGAACUUUGUCCCCCCAGGGAGGUUCCUCGACCGUUGCUUUCAGUGGUGGCCGGGCCAUUUUGCCCCAGCAACAACAACAACAACAACAACAACAUCAAAAGCAACCGACUCGUCCUGUCAGUGCUCCUUUCUAUCAACAACCACAACAACAGCUGAGACAACAACAAAACUACAGCGGAACUCCAUCAACGGCUUCUCCGCGCUCUCCUCGGCUGAUCGUGGCCGGUCCUGGUGGUGGCCAAAGUCCCCGUGGCUGGGCCCACGUCCAAUCGCCGGUUCCGGUUUACCGUCCGAUGCCCCAGCAACACCAACAGCAGCCGCAAUCCUACGUUCAGCCGCCUUUCCUUCAAUCCGGUGGCUACAAUCCGGGGUCGGCCAAUUUCGGUGGACCGACCAGAAAGCUUGAUCAAUCAUCACCACAGCAGCAAUAUCAACCACAACCGACAGCAGCUUUCCAGCCAUUAGUUCCGCAACAUCAACAUCAAGAACACCAGGAAGCGCCAAUUUACUAUCAGCAACAACCACCACAACAACAGUUUGCUCAACAUCUAGCCCAGCAACAGCCCGAUCCAUCGAUUUUGUUUAGCGCACCUCUCCGUCAAGAAGCUCCAAUGUCUCAGGAACCGUCGCCAGUCUAUCAAACGCAGCCAGUUGCUGCCAUUUAUCAAGGCGGUAGCAACAUGCGCGGAGAUCAGAAAUGGCCACCGGAGGAGUACAAAAAGCAAUCCGAGGUGGAGAACGAAGAACGCCUGAAGCUCGCCCAGCAGCCCGCGUUCCGCCCACGCAAAGUUCAGAAAGACUACACCAACUUUUUCGCCAAAAACGCUCUGAACCAAACAUAUCCAGGCUACCGGGCACCACCAGGCACUCAACACCACCAAUAAACAUCAGGGGGAUCCAGCUAUUUAAACGGGAGAAAACAAUAACAACAACAGCAAACCACAAACACACACGCACACGUUCACACUUUCCUGAAACAUGCACAACACAAAUCAAUAAAUAAACAAACAAACGAGAGAUGUGAAGGAACGUGAUAGACUUUUUAAAUUUUUUUUUGGAAAAGAAAGUGCAAACAUACAAAAAUCAACAUACAAAAGAGGAAAAACAGGGAGAGAGAUGGAAAUCGUAGUUAAAAAAAACUAAAUGGUGCUCGUGGUGGUUUUGAUCUAGCUUCCAAAAAUAAGAUUGUGUUCGGAAAACUUUUUUGACAGAAAGUAUACUCGCUUUGGCUAAAACAAAGAAAAAGCUCUCAUCUUUUCUAUUCGAACGCUUAGGGUUUAGGAAGCGAAUAUUGUUACAGAUCAAUUAAAGUUGAACAAAGGUACUAAAUGAAAUAAACGCACGCACACACUCGAACACGACUGUGUAUUUAGGAUAACCCCAACAAUAAAAAAAAAUGCGUUCGGGUUUUUUUUCGUUGUUUUUUAAGUGUAUACGCUUUGUAAGUUACCAUUUUUAUUGUGAAAUCACUGAAAAGCUCAUAGAAUAUUUUCUAAGCUUAUUUCUUCCUGUUUUGUUUUAUUUUUCAGUUAGCCAAUUAACACUUAAUGCCUCGAUUGCUUGUCGUAGAGAGUAACGCAAGCUGGAACUGCAACUGCUAUUGUUUUGAAAAAAAAAAAGAGAAAAACAGUUAAGGGUAAGCUCAUUUUUUCCAGUGGCAAGUCGCGGAAACCUCGAGCAAAACUGAGCAAAAAUUUCUGAAUUUAUUGAAAAGAACUAAGAUUUCAAUUGAAAAGCUUUGAUCAAGUCGACAACUAAAAUCCGAGUACUAUGGCGACCGUUAAAAAAAAGGCGAAACCAAACCAACGAACCGUAAUUUAAAUGGAAGGUUUGGCGUUCAUCAUAUUUAAAUUGAAAACUGAGUUAUAUGGCGACCAUCAAAAAAUCAAUGAACCAUAAUUUGAAAGACAGAUAUGAGUCGAUAAAAAACAUGUAAAUAACGGAUAAAAAUUGUGCAGUUUCAACUGUCUCUCAUUGCCACUCAUUAUGCACAGUUCGGUGUUGAAUACAUAAAUGUGCCGAAUGAUACUUGAUCCGUGUCAGCACCUGUACAUUAAAAGUGCUCGGAAGAAAAGCUAUAAAUUAACUACAAUUUAUUCACGAUCUCUCCGGCUGCAUUAAUUGAUUUCCCCUACGAAUGUUCGAUGAGGUUUUCAUUUUUAAUUAUCAGGCAGAGAAAAAAAAGUUCGAGUUGUAAAUUUUCCUCCAUCAUCCCGGCGCUUGGGCACUUUUUAACUGUCUGCCAAUUGUCUCUAGUAUCAGCAAUUAUUGUGCCAUUUUUUUUUUGUCCAGAGUGCCCUCAAAUCGAGCAACCGGAACCGGAGUAAUUUUAUUUUUCCAAAACCCAAAAUCAACAACCCAUUUAUUGCAAAUAACAUAUCUAUCCUGUAAAUCGCUUUUAUCUCUUUCACACUCGUCCACAAUAAUCAUUCAACCGUGGAUGAAAAGUACUCACCGUCCAAUAAUUUGCUCGCACAACAUUUUUUUCCAUUUAUUCGCGACAUCAGGACCCAAAUAGGAAACCUGUUGUCUGCUUCAUGAUGUAGAUAUCGAACAUGAUGUUAUAUUUUUCCGGUAUCAAUAAAAUGGACACAAAAAAACAUAUCCCGAACAAAUUUGCAUUAAAGAAUCACUUUUUUCGCAUGAUGAAAACUCGCUCUAAAAUGCAUAAAGUUGAUCAACCAUUUCAGUGGCUCGCAUAUUGGUGGAGGAAAAAGCCGAAAAAUAAAACAACGAACGUCACAAUUUUCUCGAAUGCGUCAACUUUUUUUCCCCCUGAAUGUAUGCAACCCCAAAAUCCGGAUCAAAAUAGAAAGGCACUAAUGGAAAAUGCGAUACAAAAUAUUUUACCCCUGAUUCGCUUUGCUCGAUGCUCACGAAACGCCUAAUGGAAUAAGCUUUUUUUGGCCCAACCAAACGCGUCCAAAUUGACUCAAAUUUCCCUGUUUUCCAAGUAUCAUGUUUUGCAACGGUUUUUUCCGCGCGCGCUGUAAUUACACAUGGAAAUUGAAAUGUGACUAUGCCCGAAAUUGCAUCCGAAAAAUGAAAUGAACGAUGAACACUGCAAAAAAAAUUGCUGCUACUACCGCUUCGUUGCAGUAACGUAUUGCUCUUAAUUACUUUGAUUGUGUUUCACAUCCAUUUUAAACUACCCAAGUUGCAGUCCGAAAUAAAACGCUAUAUCUUACCUUUGAUGAAGAAAAAAAAGUAUAGUCAAAAUAAAAAAAAAUAACAUGUACAUAUCUAACGAUGAAUGAUAGCAUUAAAACUUAAUCAAGUCACACGCUACAACUCAAUACUCAAAAUUGCAAAAUUCGAUUGAUUUUAGUAUUCAAACCAAAGAAAAAAAAUGAAAAAAGGAAUCAUAUCCACAGAAGCUAAUUGAAAUUAAAUUAACGUAGCCUUUUCAAAUAAAAAAAAAACAGUUUUGUGCUCGCGCUUGAUCAACCAGUAGUUAGCCUAAUGAUGAAGAAUAAGAAAAAUAAAUUCAAUUACCUACCUACUGAAUGGAAUGUACUUCACAAAAGGAGACAAUAAAGGAAGCUGACCAGCUAAGGA